UUAUUAGCCAGAAGCCAUUACAACAUCAAGCUAAACUUAAUUUUCAAAUCAAAUUUCUACUAUUUUCCUUCAAAAGAAUGGGCCUAAACUCUCAGAAAACAGUUUUAAUAUGCUUUAUGUUUUCAUUGUUCCUGGAUCUCUUGCUGGCCUGGGAAUCUCUAGUUUUUGUACUGCCUGAUCCAAAGGGGAAACGGUUGAACCGAAAAUGCGCAGAAUAUGGGACUAUGUUCUGCAUGUAUGGUUACUUAAUUGACUCCAAUGGAAUGGAAGUUCAGAAAUGGGACCAGAGGUAUGAUCAAGUAUUCGAGCUCCUGAUUGGUCGAAAUUACCGCAAUUUCAAUUGGUUCUCAUUGGACGAAGAGGACCACAGUGCCUGUUGUGAUUUUCAGACCAGAUUAUACGCCGAGUACGGAAGAGGCAGUGGACUGUCUCCCUUCGAGUAUUUCGGAAGAGUGAGCGACUUCGCCACUAAGGAUAAAAAGCUCAACUACAUCAGGGCUAGGUACGACGAAUGCCAUGGGAAUGUAGUCACCGCUGUUGGUUUUGGAUUGGGCGACUUGAAGUACGUAGCUGAAGACUCAUGGGUGAUUGGAGGAGCACCACAUCGACUAGCCGCUCUUCGUCCCCUCAACGCACCAGUGACUCAUUCCGACUUCGUUCUCAGAAGUGACAACUUGGAAACUGUUGUGACUUUCAACUUCUUCAAGAGACACGUUCUGUGUCCAGAAAAACCCUGGAUUUGCGAAGAGUUUGGGCCGGCAAGAAAUGCGCUAUUAAUAUGAA